CACCAUUAACAUCAACUGGAUAUCGUAUCGGUAGUUUUUACGAAGACGAAUCCUGCUUCACUAUCACUUGCGCGUGUGUUGGUUUGACCAAAACACCAUUAUCAGAUGCCCCUAGAAAAUGUCAGAGACACCAUGGGGGGUGGGGGCACUGCCAUUGGCAAGCCCUAGGCCCUGAAACCGAAGAAGAUCCCAAGAAGGCAAUUUCGAGGAACGUGGCACGUUUCCUUAAAGCGUUUUUUUUAUGCUAUAUAGUUUCCUAUAUAUUUUGAGAUUGUGUCAAUAAUCCUAAAAGAAAUGACAAUAGCAUUAAUUCAAAAUUAUAGAAAAGUGGGCAUAGGGGUAUUAAUAUUUCUCAUCUUCCAACAACAAUGCAUGCAUCACAUGAUGCAUGAGGGUCUAGAUCAUCAUCAUCACCAUCAUGCAUGAACUAUUAUUGAUGUAGACUCUUCAUGUGUGGACCUGAAAUAAAUUAAAUACUCAUCAUGACCUGCUUGUAUUGGUCAUCAGUAUUGUUUUAUUCAGAUUUUACUAUUUUAUGAAUACUGUUGGUGAGUUGAUUUUUGUUACAUUUUUAUUUUUUACCUUAUCUUCUUCCAAAGUUUUAAAAAAUCUUCACAAAAGUAAAAAUAGGAAUCUUGUGCCUAUUGGAAAACUUCACUCAAUUGUGAAUUUGGCUUAGUUUUAGGAGUGAGACUUUGGUUAAGCUUUAUUAAUGACUCCUUUUUUAUGUUUUGGACUUGCUGAAGAUGAUGUUGAGGAGACUGGAGAUGUCUCCUUUAUCGAUUACUCUAAGAUUUUAUCGAGAUUUUAUUUUUCUACGAAAUACAUUUGUAAUUGGUUUAUUUUAUUUUUAACUUUGUAUCUUGAUUUGUAACCAUUUUUUUUUUAAACAUUUAUAACAUUUUGCUAGCUAAUCUAGUCCACCCUCCUAAGUCAAUGUUUCCUUCAAUAUAUAUAAUUAUCUGCAUAUUGGAAACUCUCAUCUCAAGCAUUUUUUUCAGAGAGCAGGAGAAGCAAUCUGCAGCAAGUGAUUUACCGCGAAUUAUUAAGCAAGAACAAAGACUUGCAAUAUUUCUCUACAAAAUAAUGGACGGAGAUGCUCUCUCUGCUCAUAUUGAUGAAAAGCUAGAUGGCUUGACUUUAAUUAAUGCUGAAGAGCAUUGCAUAUUUAAAGUGCACGAGCAGUUACUUACAAACCCCGUGCUGCUUGCCAUCGGUCCUUACAAUGACCACGACAAGGUUGGCCAGGGGCUUAUGGAAGAGCAUAAAUUGCAGUAUCUGAAGCAAAUGCGUGAAAGGAGAAAUGACUGCAGUGUGAAAGAAUACAUUAAAGUCUUGAGAGUACUAGAAGGGAGAGCCCGUAAAUGCUAUGCAGAAUGCAUUAGCCAGAACAAAGAUGAGUUUGUAGAAAUGAUGCUACUUGAUGGUUGUUUCAUCAUUGAGCUGGUCCGCAAGUGGGACGAGUUGAGUCUAAGGGAUGAUCACGAUCCAAUCUUUCAACUGGAUUGGAUGCUUCCUAAAAUAGCUCGCGAUCUACUGUUAUUUGAAAAUCAACUUCCAUUCUUGGUUCUGACUAAAUUGUUCUUGAUGAUUGAGAGUAGCCAAACACCACAUCCCAACCAACCCAAACAUUUAGGAGAGCACCCCAUCAAGAUUGAGCAGAACAAUGAAAUUACCUGUUUUGAAAGCUCAACCUCCAUAGAUCAGAGUGUCCAGAUCAGACGAUUUGGUGAUCUUGCCCUUCGUUUUUUCUAUGGCUCAUUACCAUUUCAAUGGAAUGUCAAUGGAUCAGCUUCUUAUUCAAUCAAAGAUACUAAGAAUCAAGCUAUCACUCCUCCACUUGCAAAAAUUAUAUGGGAGCAUCUACAGAUUGAAGACAAAUUCAAGAAUGCAAAUUUUAAGCAUCUACUUGAUCUGAUACAUACAAGUAUCAGGCUUUCAGUACUUGAUAUGGAACUACAUCAUGCCAAAAAAUGUCAAGAGGUUAGAGUCAAAUUCAAGAAGGGAGAGAGAUUUAAAAAUUUGUUUGGCCUGAUAAGUAGAGUUGCAAGUCCUUUACUUGCAAAAAUGGAAAAUAUGAAGAAGGGCCGUAAGAAAAAAUCAUUAGCUUUUGCCAUAAGUUUAGUGAAAUCUAAGCUUCCAUAUAGUCCGAAGAGGAUUGAAGACUGGAACUCAAUACCGUAUGGAACACAACUUCAAGAGGCUGGAGUCGAAUUCGAGAUGGCAGAGGAAUUUAGAAAAAAAUUUGUGGAGAAUAAAGACUGGGUGUCAAUACCCGAUGCCAUUGCAUUUCAAGAGGCUGGAAUUGAACUGAAGAAGGCAAAGGAAUUUUUGAACCUACUUCGUCGAAAUAGGAAUGGAGAUAACACGAAAAAACUUUGCCCAACCAUAUUCAAGAUGGUAGAGAAAUUUAUGCGCCUACCUUUUCUGAACAAGAUUGCAUAUUGGAACUCAAUUCCUGACGGAAGAGAGCUUAAAAAGUCUGAAGUCGAAUUAAAAAAGGCAAAGAAAUUUACGGAUACAAAAAAUAUGAUGAAGUCAAUACAUAAUGCUACAAAGCUUAAAGAGGGUGGAGUCAAAUUCCAGAAGGCAAAGCAACAUACAACGUUUUCCAUAAAUUUUAGCAACGGGGUAUUGGAAAUUUCGCCUUUGACAAUAGAAGAUGAAACUGAGACUUUCUUACGAAAUCUAAAUGCAUAUGAGCAAUAUAGUCCAGACAUUGAUACUGAUUAUCAUUAUGUUACCCACUAUGCGUGCUUCAUGGAUGAUCUCAUUAACUCUCCAAAGGAUGUUGAAUUACUUCGUCAAAAUGAAAUUAUCAAAAAUUUGUUGGGUGAUGAUGGAGUUGCUUCCAGCAUGUUCAACAAGCUUUGUCGCCAUGUCACUGAUUUAGACUAUCCCCACAGUACUUUAUAUGCUCAAAAUGGCAUUGAUAUGAACAAGCACUGCGCCGAAGACUGGAAUGAAUGGAAGGCAACAUUAAGGCACAAUUAUUUCAAUAGUCCUUGGGCUUAGCUUUCAGUUUUGGCGGCUAUCUUAUUGCUUGGACUAACAA